AUGUCUCUACCUGAGAACACCACCGCCCAGCCAGGCCUCGCAGCUGCUCUUUCUCUAACACACCACGGCUGUCGUGACUUCGUUAUCGUCGAUGCCAUAGCCGAAGGACAAAAUACAUCACGGGCUAUUACCAUACAUUCUGCAACCGUCGAGGCUUUAGCAAGCAUCGAUGCAGCAGAGGGCUUACUAUCUCAAGCCAUCAAGGGCGAGGGCAUCAGAAUCACAUCUCGCAGUUCGCAGAUCUUCGAGGCCAGAUUCGGCCCUCUGAAGAAAUAUUCGGCCUACCCUUACGUACUCUUAUCCCCUCAAAAUGUGACGGAGCUUGUGCUUGGGCAGAAGCUGCAGAGCCUUGGGGUUCAAGUGCAGCGCCCGCACAGGGUUGUUGGCAUGAAACAGAACGAGGAGGAUCGUCGUGUCACCGACGUCUCGCUCGAGGAUGGCCAAGUAGUCAGAGCCAGGUAUAUCAUCGGUGCAGAUGGCGCCCACUCAACUAUCCGUACCAUCACCGGCAUAGGGUUUUCUGACCCAGAAGGCCCCGACUUAGGCAAUCAUGUACUGACGCAAAUGGUCAGUGCAGAUGUUACGUUCGAGCCCGAACCUGUCGGUCCAUUAACCAUCGAGGGCCACAUCAAUAUCACACUUUCCCCAGACGGUUUCCUGAUGCUCACACCAUUCGGCAACCGGUUUAAUUCCGAGCUGACGCGCGAUGGAAAUCCUGUCACAAAAUCCAUCUUUCGUAUAAUUUCUGCCGUACCGGUGAAGAACAGAGACCCGCCCCAUGCGCCACCAAAGGAGUACAUCCAGAAUUUGAUCGACAUGUACGGCCCAGCGUGUAUAACAUCAGAUUCGUCCCUCAACCCGACAUCCGUCAAGGUCGACCAGCUGGUCUGGUCGACACGUUUCAGAACCCAUUCAGCUAUCGCUGACCGCACGUUCACGCGUCUUGGUGCUGCUAUUUUCCUAGUCGGUGACGCAGCCCACAUACAUUCGCCUGCAGGGGGCCAGGGCAUGAACCUGGCCAUCAGGGACGCGAUCUUCUUUACAGAAGCCAUCACGAAGCACAUUCAAGCGUUUGCAGGAGAUUCUGAUGUGGAUGAUACAAUUUUGCAGGAAUGUGCGCAAGUGCGUCACGAGCGAGCGCUGGAAAUCAGUCGGCUUCACCAAGAAGCUUUUGAACCUCGCAAGCCUUACACAUGA